AUGACGUUUUUGAGAUUCUUACGUUUGAGCCACAUAAAAAGCAGAAUAAAUGGCAACAAUAAAGUCGCAAUCGUUCGUCGAUUUUGCACGACUGUCCAAAGUGAAUGGGAAAGGCCAGAGAAUGGCUUUGAUACGGGUAUCAAUAUUUAUAAUUGUGUGCAUCGAGACGAUGUACCAUUUAUAGUUCGUGAUGCAAAGUGUGUGACUUGGUAUACAUGCGGUCCGACUGUUUACGAUGAUGCACAUAUUGGCCAUGCCGUUUGUUAUAUGAAAUGUGACAUUAUUCAGCGUAUUUUACGUAAUCAUUUCCAUUUAAAUCUAAUAACAGCAAUGAACAUAACUGAUAUUGAUGAUAAAAUCAUUGCGCGCAGUUCCAGUUUGAAUGUGCCGUUUCAAGAAUUGGCCAAAAAGUACGAACAAGACUUUUGGCAAGAUAUGGAUGCGUUAAACAUUCAACGAGCUGACCUUAUCUUACGCGUUUCCGAAUGGAUGCCCCAAAUUAUUUCAUUUAUUGAUCAAUUAUUGGCAAAAAAUUGUGCUUACGUUGCAUCCGAUGGUUCAGUGUAUUUUAACAAUCCAAGAGCCAAUGGUAAAUUACGAAAUUUACUUGGUCCAAAUGAUCAACAAAACGAACUCACAAAUAAAUUAUUGGUGCGUAAAUCGAUUAAAGACUAUGCAUUGUGGAAGGCUGCCAAAGCAGGUGAACCACAUUGGAAUGUACCGUGGACGUAUGAAAACGAUCCAAAUGUAUUGACAAUCGGACGACCUGGUUGGCAUACAGAAUGCGCCGCAAUGGCAACCGAAAUUUUUGGCAACACCAUUGAUUUGCAUGCCGGUGGAAUUGAUUUGAUGUUUCCGCAUCACGAAAAUGAAGAGUCACAAUGUUGUUCGUAUCACGAACGAAAACAGUGGGUCAACUAUUGGUUGCACAUAGGACAUUUGGUUACCAGCGAUAAUAUAAAAAUGUCAAAAUCAUUAAAAAAUGUGAUCACAAUAAAAGAAUUUCUAAAACAUUACUCGAGCGAUCAAUUACGAAUGGCAUGUUUGUUGACGAAUUAUCGUACACAUGUUGAAUUUAGCGAUGAACUUUUACUAGAUGCCGGCAACACGUUGAAGCGUUUUGUUUCGUUUUUCGACGAUACACAACGAUUUUUAAAACACAGCACCACACUUCAGCGACGCAUUUCAAAUCGCAACGAAAUUUCAACAUGUAUUCUUGAUUUAAUGGAAUUGGUUGGCGCUAUCAAUAAAGCAAUCAAUCCAAUGCAACAAUUACAAGAGUGUUCACAACCAAAUUCAGAUGGAAAUGGAUCUGAUUUGAUAAAAUGUGGCCAACAUAUGGUCAAAGAUUUUCUGACGAUGGUUGGCUUAAAAAAUGUUAUACCCAAAGUAUUCGAACAUCAUGAAAAUGUAUUGCAGUGUAAAAGCGAUGAAAAUACGAGCGGAAAUAAGUUUGUCGCCGAAAAUCUAAUAAACGAUAUCUUGAUAUACCGAACGAAUUUAUUGAGCGACGCCAAAGCGAACAAAGAUAAAAGUUUGUUCGCAAUAUGCGAUCAAUUAAGAUCGAUUUAUCGAAAAAACGGGUUAAUAGUCAAAGACCAUGGUACCGAAUCCACUUGGCAAUUUGAAAAUGUUACAACACGAAAAAACCAUUCGAAUAAAUAA